GGAAGGUACCCUUUGCAACACCAUUGACAGGACAGGUACGGACGAGGGGCGCCAUUAUUGUUUUGUCCAGAGUUACUGUACAUCGCUGGGUGACUGUAAGCCACAGGGCGGGCCCGUCUUCAGACGUUCGCAAAGCGGGUGCUGCUGAUGGUUGCUGCUGCGGUUGCAGGGUGAUGGGCCUGUCAAAGCGAGUGUCGUCGUGGACGGUGGAGGAAGUGUUGGAGUGGGUGCAGGAACAGUAUCCAACCCACACGAGCAUGUUCUAUAAAGCCAUCAUUAAACAUGAUAUUUCAGGCCGUGCAUUGCUGAGAUUAAAGGAUCAUCACCUGGAGCUUCUCGGGGUGGAAGCUGAGGAGCAGCAGCAGGAAAUCUUGCAGGACCUCCUCCUCCUCAGAGUUCAGGAAGAAAUCAAUGAACUCAGUGACAUCUGCUCUGACUGUUUUUCUCCUUAGCAGGAAAUAAAUCGUCAGAAGAAAUGCAGCUCACUUUUCUAUUUCCCUUCCAUCCAUUCAUCCAUGUGAAGGACAGAGAAAUGUGGGAGCGGUGGAAAACACUGAGAGAAGGUGAAAACAAAGAGGAAUCAAUGAGGAAUGAAGAGAAAGAAACCUAUUUCCUGUAUGAAAUCUGACCUGCGCAGGUGGAUGAGAUUGGUUUUUGUCUGUCUUUUUCUGACACUCACCGUCCAUUAGCCUCUGACUUUUUUUCCUCUCUGUAGUGGGUUGUUAUUUCCGGUGUAGUAUUAUAAAAUACUGUAUUUAAUCUACUGAAUCUACUGAAAGACUAUGAGUCCAUCAGUAUCCCUUACAGUUGUUUGUUACUAAGAAUAACAGCUUCCACUGCAUUGUUGAUGACAGACAAUGCCUUUUCACCCAAAUAGCAUGACUGACAAAUCUCAGAUUAUCGGGACAGUAGUUGAUGCUGUUCUGUUUUUUAAUAUGUUUCUGAUGAUGUGAUUAAGGUGAAUCCUGUUUAGCAGCAAAAGACUGAAUUUGUGAACGUCCGUAAUGAAAGGGGUCCUAAAAUAUUCAGAUACCUUUAUUCUAGAAUUCCCUGUUUGUUUUAUUUAUGAUGUUCAGUUUUAGUGUGUCUUGCAGCACCAAUACCACUGUGUUUGUGUUACAUAAAAGGUCAAGUCUAUUUCUGAAGAUUUUUUCAUGGCCAUGCUACAGUAUGCUGAAUUAAAAAUGCUGCUUUGGCACCUGCUGAGUUUUUUUUUUUUUUUUCUUUAAUCUCCUGUCUCUUUGGCAGACAGCCUCCUCUCAGACUCC